AUGAAGUAUUUUACCACUACCGGAGCGGUGCUCUUGAGCGUACUCACAGCCACCGCUGGCGGUAUUAAAUUCGACCCAGAAGAUGAAGCAUCCAUUCUGAGUGCUACUAAGCAAUACGCCACCAACUUGAUGUCGAUCUACAAGGGUGGCGCUCCAAACACAGCAAAGGAAGAUAUAGGAAUCUGGCCGCAACCUCACUACUGGUGGCAAGGAGGUGCCGCAUGGGGUGGCAUGAUAGAAUACAGCCAGUUCACAGGCGACAACUCCUACGUUCAGGUGCUCCAACAGGCCUUGACCGCCAACUACGGGCCAGCCAACGACUUCAUCCUGUCGUACCGCAAGAGCCAGACAGGCAAUGACGACCAGGCUUUCUGGGCUUUGGCCGUUAUGAGUGCGCUCGAGUAUCAGUUUCCUGACCCCGCACAGGCGCCGGCCGACUACUUGAAGGUCGUAACCAACGCUUUCGAGAACAUCAUGGGGCGCUGGGACACUACUACCUGUGGAGGAGGUCUGAAGUGGCAGAUCUACCCAGAGAACGCUUACGGGUACAACUACAAGAACGCCAUCUCGAACGGCUGCGCCUUUGCCCUUGGCGCCCGCCUUGCUCGCUACACUGGAGAGCAAAAGUACGCGGACUGGUCUGUCAAGAUCUACGACUGGACCAAGAAGACUGGCCUCAUCAGCGACAAGUUUGAGGUCUUUGACGGCACUGACGACAAGACCAACUGCGCUACGGUUUCCGACAAGACCCAGUGGACGUACAACAACGCCAUGUUCCUUCAUGGAUCUGCGUUCAUGUACGACUUUACCAAGGGCGAUGAGACCUGGAAAGACCGCACGUCGGGCUUCCUCAACCACGCAGAAACCCUCUUCUUCAGGCCUUAUGAAAACGCUACCGGCAUCAUGUACGAGUGGGCUUGUGAGACUGGAGAAUCCGGAAGGCACUGCAACCUCGACCAGCAGUCGUUCAAGGCAUAUCUCUCCCGCUCCAUGGCCAAGACUGCGAUGUUGGCUCCGUUCACCAAGGACAAAAUUGUGGAGUUCUUGAAGGCCUCUGCAGUUGGUGCUGCCAAGUCUUGCUCAGGUGGUCCCGAUGGCACCACUUGCGGCAGCAAGUGGUACACAGGAAGCUGGGACGGCAUGUCUGGUGUUGGUCAGCAACUGUCUGCUCUCGAGGUCACUCAAGCUCUCUUGAUGAUCAAGAAGGGUACCCUUCCCGCGAAGAACACUUCUCAGAAACCCUCCACGAGUGCUGCCCCAUCGUCUAGCUCGGCCCCUGCCUCGUCCACAUCAUCUGCCCCCUCUGCCCCCUCUGCCUCUCCAUCUAGCGCGGCUGCUUCCUCCACACAGAUUCCAACCAGCGAAGGUUCUGCCCCUAGCAUGACUGCUCCUGCAUCUAGCUCAUUCAGCCAGGUUCUUCUGCCAACCAAGAUCCCGGCCAGUGAGGGUCCAGCAUCCAAAGCCCCUCAAGCAGCACCGUCAAAGGUGCCCGAAGUGAUUGAGGGACCUCAGUCUGUACCCACCUCGGCCGCUCCUCCUGCCGGUACAUCAGUGCCUAGCUCGAUCCCAGGUGGUCUAGUCGGUGGCAUGAGCUCUCGCGAAGCUCUCCCUGCGUCGUAG